AUGUCUGGUCGCGGAAACGUCGGUGGCGGCCUGUUCGACGCCUACGGCGGCGAGUGGUUGGGCGGCGGCCAUGGCGCUCGGAGCGGCCGUGGCGGCUUCGCCCGCGCUGGCGGUUUCGGUGGUGGUGGUGGCGGUGGCGGCGGCGGCGGACGACGCCCAUGGCAGGGUGGCGAUGGCCCACAGGGUCAUCGAUGGGAGGAUCCGCGGCGUGACGGCCGCGUUCAAAAGAACAGGGGCAGAGGCCGAGGCAGAGGAGGAAGAGGCCGAGGCGGAGCUCAACGAGGCGGCCGGGGAGGAGCCCGGGGAGCUGGCCAAGCAAUGGCCAACAAGCUGAACACGUGGACUUCUGAUCAGCACUAUCAGAAAAGGGAAUCCGGGGCCCGCGAGCAGCCCGAGGGUGUCAACUUCGACGCCCAGCUUAACAGGGUCCGCGCAGAGGGGGCCCCGCUCGUUGAGGACGGCCUGCACGCCGUCGAGAACCGCCAGCGAGACCGGCUGAUGCACUCGCGGGCGCUUCAGUACGAGGCGGCGGACGUCAAGGCGGCUGACUUUGUGGGCAUGAAUCUCGAGGCCCGCAACGUCCACUCUCUGAUGGCUCGUGCGGACCGCACACAGCCUCAGGGCACCCGCUACAACGUGCGGAUCAAGGCAGUCAGGCCGGAGAGAGGCCUUGCCUCUAGCGAGGCCGCCAAGCAGCAGUUGUUUGACGCCAUGCUCUCGGCGGCGGACCCUUUUGAGUUCGAUCCGGACCAAAAGGACGAGGUCCCAAAGGCUGAGGUUAUGGAGGUUGAUAGAUCUCCACGUCGCUCGGCAGACAGGGAGAUGGAGGAGGAGCGUCGCAAUGACGCCGCUGAGGACCCGAACUACCAACAGAGUGGUUCGAAUUAUGGCAGGAGGCCCGAUUACUACUAUGAUGCCUAG